AUGUCAAUUUCUAACACAGUUUUAUUUGCUUUCACGGACUCUGCAUCAGUCACUGAAAACGAAUUUUACUGGAGCUCAGUUAAUAAUUUGUACCAAGAUUUAGUUUCAAAGUAUGGAGUUGAUAAUGUUAAAAUAAUAGCUUAUAGUGAUGGUUACAUUGAACUUGAUAGAAUUCAAUUUAAUGGAAUGGUUCAAAGAAAAAGAGGAGAUUGCGGUGGACAUUGUAUGACUAAUAUCUCUCGUUAUAUUCGUAAUAAUUCCUUUAAAGACGAUUUAGUUCUUGUAACCGAUGGACAAGGAACAUCUGUAGAACAAGCUAAACUUGAAAUGCAACAACAUGGUAAAAUUCAUAGUUCAAAUGUUUACAUAAUUGGAGAAAAAGGAAAUAGUGAUGUUGUAUCCCCAUUUAUUAUUCAAAGUGGAAGUAAAGUAUAUUCAGUAACAAGUGAAGGUACUAAAUUAAUUAUGGAAACUGAAGAAGAUGAACGAAGUACAUUUUUAGGAAUAGAAAAGAUGUCAGUUAAAGAAUUUUUAGAGAAUUUUGAUAAAAUAUAUAACUACAUUAACAAACCACACUUAUUUGGAUACACAAACGUAGAUAAAACACGUACAAUGUAUAAUAACGAAACUAUUAAAAAUAUUCUUAUGAAAGAAAAGUCUCGAUUAAUUUAUGAAUAUGGUCAAAUGAAUAAAGGAGAAUCAGAAAAAAUCUUAAUUCAAUGUAUUAAUGAAGCUGAUUUUACUACAGCAUCUAAAGAAAUAGAUAAUAUCGUUAAAAAAUAUUAUGAUUCAGUUAAUUCAUCUUCUCAAGAAUUAACAAUUGAAGAAAAGAUUGAUAAAUUGAUUGAGCUUUGUGGAGUUAAUAAAGUUAAUGGAUUUAAUAAACAAGGAAUUCGUUCUAAUAGGGAUAAAAGGGCUAAACAAGUAAAGAAUGCAGACCUCGAUACAGUUACUGAUGAAGGGAUUGAAGAAGCAUCAAAAAUUAUUAUGAAAGAGUUAGUUGAAUGUCCGUUAAGUGGAGAAGAAGAUGUACCUGUAUUAUUAGUUACUAAUUCUAAAUUAUUAAAUGGAGUUGCUAAGAAUGUAACUAAUGAAAUUAUUAAUUGUCCAUUUAAUAUUGUUAAUUAUCCAACAAUUAAAAAGAGUAUUAUUGACGCAUUAGGUGGGUUUGUUGGUUUAAGGUCAAUGAAAGAAAACCAAUUACUAGAAUCUCCACUAACUGGAGAACCAAUCAUUGGAGCUAUUAUAUUGUCAACUCAAAAACAAUGUUUGGAAAUUACAAAAAGUACUAUUGCUCGUAUGUUUACUGAUGGAAAAUUACUUGGAGCACCAAGUUCAUAUCUUAUUGCGAUUUAUGAAAUUAUUAAAAACACUUCAGAAUAUGAAAACAUUUUAUUAGCAUUAAAAAAAGUAAUUAUUCAAAUGUUACAAACUAGUCAAUCAAAUGCUAGUAUGAGUGGAAAUGUAUCACAAAUUUGUAUACCAUUAAGAGCAGAUAUUUCUCUUUGGUUUAUUGCACAUUCAUGUUUAUCAAAGAUACCACCAGCAAAUAGUCCAUUUAUUUUACAUUUAAAUCAUAUGCCAGUAAUUUUUGAUAUAUUAGAAAUGUUAGAGUAUCCAAUUAGUGAAAAAGUUAGAAGACAUUAUAUUCAUUUUGUUAUUGUUCAAACUCUUCAUAGAAUGAAAUUUAUUAAUUCAGAUACAGCAAAUUGUUUCAUGAAAGCACUGUAUCAAAAAGCUAUUUUUAUUAAUAAAAAUAAUGUCCGUGAUGAAGUAAAAGCCAAAGAAUAUUAUCUCCCAUUUGUAUUUGUUGAUGGUAAAGCAGAACAAGAACAAAUAGAUUUUGCAUUGUCUUUAUUAAAUCCAAUAUUUAAAGAGGUUUCAGUAGAAGAAGUUAUUACAUUAAAUAGUUUUGCACAUGAAAAAUGGAAGGUUGAAAAAACUGAUUUACCAAUUGAUCUUACAGAAAAACAUCCACAAAUAGAAGAAAAUUGGAAAGAGAUGAAUACUAAUGAAAUAAAAGAAUAUAAAGAAAAGAUGAAAAGGAGGUUUAUAAAAAAAUAUAGUUUUGAACCAACAAGAGAUGAAUUUUUAUUAUUCUUGAGUAGACGAGUUCAAAAAGGAACUAUUCCAAAUGUCUAA